AUGAAUUUUUGGUCUCUUAUAAAUAUUAUAUUAAAUUUUAUAACAUUAUUUAAUUUAAUAAUAACAAUUACAAUUUGUAUAUUUAUUUUUAUACUUAUCAUAAUUUUUCAUCGACAUAAUCUAACAGUACCAUUAUUAUUAGCUUGUCAUACAUGUUUAACUUUAUUAAUAUCUUCAAUUAUAUUAUCUAGUAUGAUUAUAUCAAGUUUAUUUGGAUUUUUUGAUAUUAUUAUGAAAGAACAUGGAUAUACAAUAUGGUGUCGUUGGCGUGGUUUUCUUAUUCAUGGAUUUCUUUGUGUACUUUAUGAUUCAUAUGUUUUACAAGCAACAUAUCGACUUAUUCGAGUUGUUUUCUAUCGAAAAAAAAUUUUACAUACAUUUCCUCUUUACUGUCUUGUUAUAUUUAUUGAAUCAUUAUUUAGUUUAAUAAGUAUAUCGCCUGUUAUAAUUCGUGGUGAUGUUAUUUAUCUUUCAUCUGAAUAUUAUUGUCAAACACCAUUUACAAAUUUGCCAGCUAUAAUAUAUAUAGCUAUUCGUCUUUUUCUAUUACCUAUUUUAUUAAUUACAAUAAUUUAUAUAUGUAUAUUAAAUCAUAUUCAUCAAACAAAUUUACGUUCAAAUCGAUAUCAUCGUCGAUUAAAACAUAAUAAAAGAAAUUUAAUUGUUAUACGACGACUUCUUUUAAUGUUAACUAUUCUUAUAUUUCUAGGUUUUCCAUCAAUUAUAUUUUUAAUUAUUUUAAUAUUUACUAAACAUCUUGUAUUAUUAACAUAUAGAAUUGGUUGGUUAUCUGUUUCAUUUUCACUUGUUUUUCUUGCUUAUAUGCUUAUACAACUUACAAGACCAUUAAAAAAAACUAUGAGAAAUUUUUUUUUUCAUCAUGAAACAUCAUCAUUUAUCUAA